GGCCGCCUGCUGCCCUGCUGCCGCUAAUAGAAGAAAAAUGUGUUCCCCACAAGUUUCAAAAAAUGUACUAUUAUAGUACAGCAUGCUACAGCUCUUUAAUAUUAUUUCUUUAUUUACAAUUCAUAUAAGUUUAAUUUGCUUUUAUUGAGCACUAGAUAAUAAAUAUGUAUAGAGAAUGUUGUACGAUCUCUAUUAAAUGUUGAAAAAUUAUAUAACUUAAAUUAAAGAACAGGCAGCAGUAAUCAUGUAUACUGUAACCAAAUAUCUAUCGCGUUUUCAUUCUGUUAGACGUUUUUAUUCCGAUGAUACAACACGAUUAAAGAAAUCUAUAUUCUUGCCAGUCACAAAAUUUAAAAAUCGGUUGAAUGCAGAUCAAACUAUUCAAAGGGAUAGCCAUAUUUUUAAGACAUGUGGAUUUUCUGAACUAUAUUCUUGGCAAAGGCAACAUGUUAACAAUGAAGAGUAUAUUUUACAUGAUGGACCGCCUUAUGCUAAUGGCUCAGCACAUAUGGGCCAUGCCAUAAACAAAAUACUUAAGGAUAUUACUAUACGUUCUAAACUUGUAAAUGGAAAAAAAAUUAGUUAUAUACCCGGAUGGGAUUGUCAUGGUUUACCCAUUGAGUUAAAAGCUGAAAAAAUUCACGGAAACAGAUGGAAGAAUUUUGGUCCAUUAGAAAUACGGAAAAGUGCUAGAAAAUAUGCUUCAAAAGAAAUAGAAAAACAAAAAACAGUUUUUAAAUCAUGGGGUAUACUUGCUGAUUGGGAAAACAAUUGUUAUUAUACCUAUGAUAAAAAGUAUGUCCAAAACCAAAUUCAACAGUUCUUUAAACUAUAUAAAAAAGGGCUAAUUUAUAGAGAUCUCAAACCAGUUUAUUGGUCACCUUCGUCCAAAAGUGCACUAGCUGAAGCAGAACUGGAAUACAACCCUAAUCACCAAAGUAAAUCAGUCACUGUCAAACUUGAGCUAUGCUCAUCUACACUUUCAAUAGAUUUAACUAAUCAUAACAGUGAACCGAUUUAUGCACUUAUUUGGACUACUACACCAUGGACAUUACCAGGAAAUAUUGCUGUUGUGUACUCACCUAAUUUAUUAUACUCUUUUGUAAAAAUUCAAGAUACCCUUGGUGUAUAUUUGUUAGCAACUGAAUUAGUUGAGAAUUUAAGUGCCAAAAUAGGAAAACCAAUUGAAAUAAUCACAACAAUUAAAAGCCAGCAUCUCAGUGGUUUAAAAUAUAAAAGUUUAAGAAAUGGUGAAAGUGAUAAACAAUUUUUGGAAGGUGACCAUGUUACCAUAGACAAAGGUACAGGAUUAGUUCAUACAGCACCGGCAUAUGGACAUGAAGAUUUUUUAAUUGCAUUAAAACAUAAAGUACCCAUUGAAUGCCACGUAGAUGAGCAUGGUAUUUUUAUGCCACAAACAUGGUCAGAACUUGUAGGUUUACCCGUUUUAGACAUUGGAAAUGAAACUGUGUGUUCAUUGUUGAGCGAUAAAAUAUUGCAUACAGAAAUUUAUGAACAUAGUUAUCCUUAUGAUUGGCGCACCAAAUUGCCUGUGAUUGUUCGUGCUAGUAAACAAUGGUUUUUGGAUACAGCAGCGAUUAAAAGCCAAUCUAUUGAAUGUUUGAAAGACAUUAAAAUUUAUCCCGAACUUGGCGGAAGUCGUAAUGCUCUUUUAACACUGAUUGAAAAACGACCAUAUUGGUGUAUAUCCAGACAACGAUCGUGGGGUGUACCCAUACCUGUAUUAUACGACGAAUCAGACAGUACAAUAAUAGAUGAAAAAUUAUUAGACCAAUAUUAUUCACUAUUAGAAAAAACAGGUGAAGACUUUUGGUGGAUUCAUGAUGUUCAAAAGCUGGUUACAAAUACACCGCACAGUCCGGAAAAAUUAAAAAAAGGACUUGAUAUUCUAGAUAUCUGGUUCGAUAGUGGAAUUUCAUGGAGCUGUGUAUUAGGCGAUAACAAAAUUGCUGAUUUGUACUUGGAAGGUGUAGAUCAAUGCACUGGUUGGUUUCAGGCAUCUCUAAUGUCAUCAAUUGCCCUUAGAAAUAUCUCACCAUUUAAAUCUUUGUUUGUACAUGGUUUUGUUGUGGAUAAAAAUGGUAGAAAAAUGUCUAAAUCUAUUGGGAAUGUAAUUGAUCCUCAAGACAUAGUAAAUGGAAAUUAUGACAAAUCAAUUAAUGGAAUUGACGUACUCAGAUGGUGGGUUGCUAAACAUGGAUCACACCAAACAAAUAUUCCAGUUACGAAAGAAACCAUGAAUGAUAGCAAACAAUCAGUGGACAAGCUUCGUCUUAUUAUACGUUUUUUACUUGGCUCACUUAAUAAUGUCAAAGAAAAUAAUUUUAUGCAUGGUACUAAUCAUCUAAGAUAUUUAGAUAAAUAUAUGAUGUUGGAACUCAUAUCAUUUGAAAAUGAAACAAAUAAACUAUAUAAUACAUUUCAGUAUAAUAAAGUAUGUGCUAAACUAUUACACUUUAUUACAAAUCAAGUUUCUGGAUUAUAUGUACAUCACAUAAAAGAUAGGCUCUAUUGUGAUCCUAUGGAAUCAGAUGAUCGACUUGCAUGUACAGCGACAUUACAAGCCAUAUUAGAAACUCUUCUCAAACAUAUAGCACCAAUUUUACCUCAUUUAGCUGAAGAAGCAUUUUCCUAUUAUCCACUGAAAAGAAACACCACAUUUUUUAAAUCGUCUAUCAUGAAUCUUAAUCAAAUAGUCAUUCCAGAUUCAGAACAAGUAACAUCAAUUAUGGAAAAUGCUUUAAUGGUUAAAAAUAAAGUAUCAAAUUUAUUACAAGGGAAAAAUUCACUCGAACAAUCACUAGUGAUUGCACUACCUGACAAGACAUUCAAUUUAUUAAAGAUUUUACACCCUAAAAACAAUACUAGAAAAUCUGACUUAAUCGAAUUACUUCAAGUAAAUUCAAUUGAAUUAAUUCUUAAUGAUACAAUUGAUAUCAAAACAAGUGACACAAAGGGAAUUUUAUGCAAACGAUGUCGUAGAUGGUCAGCAGAAAAAAAAGAUGAUUUAUGUAAACGGUGUGAAGAAACAGUUAAUAUUUUUUAUUCAAAAUAGAUGAGUAGAUAAUUUUAAUGUAAGUCAAUUACAUGAAUACAAUUAAUACUGUAUUUAAAACUUAUAAAAAUUGUGUAUUUAUUGUAUAUUAGGCUUUUGAUAUCCUGAAACCUCUUGUGUCAGCUAUCCAAUUGUAUGUGAUAAGUCGCCCAUCGACAUUUGUAGUAUAUGAACCCCGUUGAACGAGAAUAGCAUCCUCUCCAUUGUUGUUUGACAAUAGUUUACCCAUCUUCUCUUCUCCAGUACCAUCAUCCAACUUAUAUCUGUAAGAUAUUUAAUUAAAAGUAAAAUAACCUUAUUAUUGUAUAAUAUAAAUUAAAUAUUAAUUACUUUACCGUGAUAAGAAUUGGCCAGAGUCAUCUCUUUUAUUUGUUAGAGACACUAACUCUACUGGGUUGCAUUCAAUUAAAUUAAGCACAGUACAACCAAUUACAAAUACAAAUACCUAAGAGAUACAAUAAUUGCAACAUUAUAUUUUUGAUUUUUAUUAAUUAUA